AUGAGCGAAGUGAUGCAUUCAGUUGAAAAAUCUGAGGUUGUCACCUUACCAAAGAAUAAGCUGAGUAGCGAUGAAGACAUGAUCGAGUUGCUUGAAUUCGAAAGGAAUAUUAUGCUCGACACUUACGCUGAUGACGUGCUUUUCAUCCUUGCUAGUGGUUUGGGAUUGGAACGUUUGAUCCUUCAUCAUUUACAUUUAUACUGUGAUCCACAGUUAUUGGUAUUUGUUAUCAAUACGACUUCACAAGAUGAUGCAUAUUUUCUUUCACGUUUACGCGAUUCCAAAGUUAAAUGCCCACCAAAAAUCAUCACAGCGGACUGUUCCAUAAAAGAUCGAGAAUCGUUAUAUAUGGAAGGAGGAGUCCAUUUCGUUACCUCGCGGAUUCUCAUGGUUGACCUUUUGCAAGAACGCGUCCCAGUAAAGAAUGUGGCUGGAAUCAUUGUCCAUCGUGCGCAUCAGUUGCUAAGUGGAUUUCAAGAAUCAUUUAUUCUUCGCUUGUACCGAGAAAAGAAGACAGAUGGUUUCGUUAAGGCAUUUAGUGACAAUCCGGGAGCACUCUCCGGUAUGGGUGUUUUGCAACGAUUGCUAAAUCGAUUAUAUAUUCGAAGAGUUAGGCUUCUGCCAAGAUUUGAUGUAGACGUGAAAAAUUCACUGGAUCAGUGUUCUCCACAUAUGAUAGAAAUAACACCUGAUUUGCCGCAUGCAAUGCGGAGAGUUCAGUCACUUUUGGUAGAUAUAAUACGUACUUGCGUUCGAGAAUUGAAGCAGACUUCACUAUCAACUGAUAAUACCUCAGAGGAAGAAAGUAUACAGCCAGGUGCCGGCCUUUUGCCUUCUUCACUAGAAAUACAGCUGAAAGGACGACAGUUCUCUAUUACUGAAAAGCAACAACGCCUUUUAGCAGAUCUCAAACAACUUCGGAAUCUUUUAUACAAAGCUGAAGAACUGGAUCCAAUUACUCUGUACUGCUGUUUGAAUGAACUUAGAAAUAAUAAAGAUCUGAUUACAACUAACAGUGGUUGGUUAUUCACGCAGACGUCUUCGAAACUAUUUACGGAGGUAGACAGAUUAUGCAAAAUUAAACCUGGUACUGUAUUAGAGCCACCGAAAUGGAAAGCACUUCUUAAAGUCCUAGAAGAGAUCAAAAUAAAUUAUAAACUGGAUAAAAUGAGUUCUGAGAAAGAACCAACAGUGUUAUUAAUUGGUUCAAGAAGUGAAGUGUGUCUACAGUUGCGAGAUAUCAUUAGUUGGGGUGUGACAAAAUUUUUAUGGGUUCAGAAUAAGCAGCUGGGACAAAAGUUUAUCAGUGGAAAGGAUGAUACGGAACCGGAAUCACAACCUUCAUGGGAUCCUUCAAAAAUUAUUCUCUUCGCCAAUAACGUCGAGGGCGAAACAGGGAGCGAAAUUGUAAAUAACAUGAAAGUGUUACAAAAAGAAUUCACCCGACGGUGUCGGAAAAGACGUCGUUUAUUUGAAGAAAUGAAGAAGAAGCAUGACUCAGGCAAACAGGCUCGACUCAUGCGUUUCGGCAUAAUUCAAAUUAAAAAGAAGAUAAAAGAAGAGGAAAAUGCAUGUACUGCUAGUCCAAGUGUUGAGGAUGUACAGUCUGAAAAUUCGAAUGAUUUAGAAAGCGUUGAAAGUCAAAAUCAAGAUCCUCUCCUAGUCAUUGUCCCUUCUGGUGAGCGGUAUAACCUUAUCAGACAGUUGGAAACUUUUGAACCACGAUUUGUUAUUCUUUAUCAUUCCGAUAUGGUAUCUCUUCGGUUGUUAGAGAUGUAUAAAGCGUGCAACUCUGAUGAGCCGUUGACAAUAUAUAUUGUUAUGUACGCAAAUUCAAAUGAAGAAGAACGAUACCUUUGCUCAUUAAGAAAAGAGCAAAUUGCCUUCGAGGAAAUGGUCCGAGAGCAAGGGACAUUAAUGUUUGCCAGAGAAUACGAAAUAGAUCGUGAAGAACCUCACAAAUUAAUGCUUAUGAGAUCAACUAGAAAUGCUGGUGGAAGAGCUGACCAAAAUGAAGGGAACCCAAAGGUGAUAGUUGAUAUGAGGGAAUUCCAAAGCGAAUUGCCAACAGUGCUUUACAAACGAGGUAUAGAUCUAACGCCAGCUACAAUCGAAGUUGGAGAUUAUAUUCUGUCACCAAAUAUAGCUGUUGAAAGAAAAGCCCUCGAUGAUCUUACUCAAUCACUUCAUAGUGGUCGCAUCUUCAAGCAGAUUGAACAGAUGCUGCGUCACUAUAAAAAUGUAAUUUUGCUUAUUGAAGCAAAUGUAAAAGAUGACUACAAAAAAGUUAAUGGUGGUCCUUUCCAGGGAGAGUUAAGCCGUCGCUGCCGUGAAACACGAUCUCUUUUCACAAUUUUAGUGAGAACAUACCCAGAUAUGAAUGUUAUUUGGACUUUAGAUCCUGCGCAUUCAUCAGAAAUGUUCGAAGAGCUAAAACUGAAUGAAGAGGAACCGGAUCUGAUUCAGGUAUUGGCAGUUAAAAGUGAUCUUGAAGAAUGCACCGAUGUAUCUAACUCUGAAUCAAGCCAUAAGGCGACAUCAAAGUGUUAUAAUUCUGUCCUACAUCGACAAAUGACACGUCUGCCACGUAUUUCGAGUGGUGAGGUGACACGAUUGAUGAAAUGUGAAAAAAUGAAAUGUUUGUUGGAUGUUAUUAAUAGUGACGCAGAUAUACUUACAAAUGCUUUAGACAACAAAGAACUAGCUUCUUCACUACAUCAUUUUUUCAAUACUGAUUUCAAACUGAAAACGUUAAUGUCGUAG